CAACGGGCUAUCUAUCACAGUUUGGGUUUAACUGGCAUUCCUAUCAUUAAUGUUAACAACAACUGUGCUACUGGAUCAACUGCUUUGUUCAUGGCCAGACAACUAGUAGAAGGAGGUUUGGCGGAUUGUGUUCUGGCACUCGGCUUUGAGAGAAUGGCGAAAGGAUCCCUUUCUAUGGUUUUCAGACAGAGCUAAUCCAGCUGACAAACAUGUGGAAAUUAUGGCAAACAAAUAUGGCUUAGCAAAUGCUCCACUAGCACCUCAGCUGUUUGCAAGUGCUGGCAAAGAACAUAUGGAGAAGUAUGGGACAAAUCCAGAAUACUUCGCCAAAAUUGCAUGGAAGAAUCAUAGCCAUUCAACUAACAACCCGUAUUCCCAGUUCCAAAAGGAGUACACAUUAGAUGAAGUUCUGCAUUCUCGCAAAAUCUUUGAUUUCUUGACUGUCUUACAGUGUUGUCCAACAUCAAAUGGUGCUGCAGCUGCAAUUUUGGCUAGUGAGGAGUUUGUGAAAAGCCGUAAGUUGCAGCCAAAAGCUGUGGAAGUUCUAGCCCAGGUGAUGGCUACUGAUUAUCCAAGCACAUUUGAAGAAAACAGUUGUAUGAAUGUGGUUGGCUAUGAUAUGACUAAAAGAGCUGCAGAAAAAUGUUUUGAAAAAGCAGGCCUAAAACCUACAGAUGUUGAUGUGAUCGAACUUCAUGACUGUUUCUCAGCUAAUGAGUUAAUUACCUACGAAGCUCUGGGACUCUGUCCAGAAGGAAAGGCCUGUGACCUGAUUGACAGAGGAGACAACACAUAUGGAGGAAAAUGGGUUAUUAAUCCUAGCGGUGGCUUGAUUUCAAAGGGGCAUCCACUUGGUGCUACAGGUUCUGGAGAUGUUUACUGCAUCUGA